AUCCUUGGACGACUCAGGGUAUUUGAUACUCAUCCCUGCAGCCAGCUGUCAGCUCGUACUGCUGUUUUGACACUUAUGUUUUCUGUCACUGUUUAGUUGUUAGAGAGUUUUUUAAUAAAGGAUUCGUUUGUCAAAAUGCCCAAAGGAGGUAGGAAAGGUGGCCACAAGGGUCGGGUGCGGCAGUACACCAGCCCUGAUGAGAUAGACGCCCAGAUGAAGGCAGAGAAGGAAAGGAAAAAGCAAGAGCAGGAAGCAGAAGCGGCAGGGGGCGCAGCUCAGAAUGACACGGCGGAGGAGAAGCCACCGGCAUCAGGAUCAGAAGACAGCGACGACGAAAACUCAGAUAGGAGGAGAGCGGGUGUGGAGGGCUUGAUAGAGAUUGAGAACCCCAACAGAGCGGCUCAGAAGUCCAAGAAGGUGACGCAGAUUGAGCUGGACGAGCCCAAGCAGUUAUCAAGGAGAGAGAGAGAGGAGAUCGAGAAGCAGAAAGCGAAGGAGCGCUACAUGAAGAUGCACUUGGCAGGGAAGACAGACCAGGCCAAAGCCGACCUCGCUCGCCUCGCCAUUAUCAAGAAACAGAGAGAAGAUGCGGCAAAAAAGAAAGAAGCAGAGAAAAAAGCAAAAGAUGCAGCGGCAACAGCGGCGAGAGGAAUAAACUCCCUCUCAAUGAAAUGAUGCCGGGGCGUUUUUACAUGUUCACGGACUGGCACAAUAUAUAUCUGACUAUUUUUAAAAGAAGAGCUAUGAUGUCUACAUUACAUUGCAUAUGACCAUUUUGGAAAAUGGUUGUGGAGACACCAGUGGAUAGGAGGAUAUUUAUAUUUUGGCAUGGAAUAAUGGCCUCGUUGAUCCCUCCAGGAAGUAAAGCUGCACUUGAGAAUACACCGGUCUUCACAUACACUUGGAAUGAACCCCUACUAAAAAUAUGAUCUUGUACAUGACAUUAAUAAUGGUUUACUUGUCAUUGUACAAUUCUGACUUUGCUAACUGAGCUUUGCCACUAUGUUUUUUGGGGGAUCUUACAUUGUAUAUAACUGACUCAUGAAAAUAUUUCAGAUUAAUAUGAUGGAACCAGUACAAUGUGUACAUUUCUUUAUUUCCCUGUGAGAAAACAACUGGUUUAGAGCAGGUUCUACCAGCCUCAGGUACAAGAGUCCACGUUGCAUCCACUGAUGUCAAAAUGAGAUGAGUCAAUAAAGCAGAUGUUUAUUUUGGAAUAGUAGAAGUUGAAUGUGGCAGUGCAGAGGAAGCUUUGCAGCAUACCUGAUCAGUUAAAUGAAUAAAUAAAUAAAAAUAAA